CACGCCCGGUUUCACCAACAUGAGUUAAUCAAAUCGAUCGAUUAAAUUCAGUUUGUCCAAUGGAACUGACCAAUCGCAUCUAACAACGAUGCGACUCUUCGGCAACACAUCCGAGUUCAAAUGCAGAUGACGCUGAAAUUGUUGCCCUUUCUUCCAAGAAGAAGUUUGAAUACCAUGAUAUAUAUCAUGAUCAUUCGAAGUAAUUUUUUCUAAAGAUGUCUGCUGAAAAUAUAUUCGACAAGGAAUGUGACUCCGUUGCCUCAGUUCGGCUUCGUCCAGAUCAUAGCAUAGACGGCGCUGAAACUGUUCCCCUUCUUUCGCAAGAAGAGAAUUUGCAAAUCCUGUUGGGAUCUAAGGUGGAUCUAAGCUUGGAGGUUUAGGUUGGCUCGUUACCAUACUUAGUUAAUUUCAAAAGCGGAAAAUUUAUCGAUAUUGACCAUGCAAACUUGAUUUUUCUAAGGAUGUCCGCUGAAGGUACAAUCGAGAAGGAAUGGAUGCUCGUCGACUUAGCAUCCUUCACGAAAGCAGAGUCGAUUGAGAAAGUCGAAAAUACUGAAAAUACGACAAAUUUAACCGAACAACUUGCUGCGGACUUCAAAAUAUUAAAAACUUUUACAUCCGUGCAGUAUGUUUCAUGUUCUAUACUUCCGGUGAAAGUGAUAAAAAUCUUUGAAGAACGCCUAGACCGAUAUUUUUAUACAAUAAACAAUUUGAAAGAUCCGAAACUGGAGGACGUUAUAGUUCUCGCAUCAUGUUUCAUCUUGAUGACUUGUAUAGAUAAUUCUGUAAAAUCUGAUUUGCCUCAGGAAAAUACGUAUUUAAGUGAACUUCAUCUUAUACGAAGUAUGGCAUUACUUAAGGAAAAAGAACUGAAUAACAAAACGAUUCUCGAAACGAUGUGUAAUUUUUAUGAAUUGGGUCGACUUUACAAGAAAUUGAAAAAUCCAAAGAAAUCUUUAUACUGUUUAAAUAAAGCUCUGGAGUUAUACUUCCUAUAUACAAAAGGAGAGGAUGAGUUUCCUGUUCCUAUCGAUGCUGUGACUGUUACAGGCUUUUACGGCAAUUUAUUUGAAUUAAAUACGGUACAUCUAUUGGACAGAGUGUAUUUGAGUACUUUAAGUAUCUUAAUAAGAUCAAGUGACGAUUUCGAAUAUGGCCUGAUAGAUACGGAGAAAAUUGCAACAUAUAUGCAUAAGUUGCUGAUGAAAUUAUUGAAGACAGUACCGUCAUCUAUAAAUCAUAAUGCAUGGGCUCUUGAAGCGAUACAAUUAGCUGAAUUUUUUUUAUGCUGCAAUUGCUUCAUUGAAUGUAAAGAUCAUCUUUGCGCUGCGUCCGUUAUGAUGAUGAAAUACUAUAAUGAUAUGUACGUGAAAUGUAAGGCAGAAACAUCCUCCAAGGAGAAGGACUAUGUAUCUUUAAAGUUUAAAAAUGUUGUCUCCAUUAUUGAUAUGAUUUGGGUCAAAUAUGGACUUAUAAUUUUGUACUUGUCAAGGAAACGACUGCUACAUAAGGAAGAAAAAGAUCGUCCUCGCGAAAUAGUUAAAUCUGAAUUAAAGUCCAUAAUACAAUCUAACAGAAAAAGAAUGAAAUUAAUAUUUACGGAUGUGAAAGAGGAAUUUACAAAGUUUAUUCAUGUAAUGCCAGAUAAUUAUAUUACGGAUUACAGCGAUGCUAAGAUACUUUUUAUACGUAUUCUUAAUUUGCUUCAUAACGUAAAGACGCAUGCACUUGCUUCAGUGUCUGCAGAAUUUCGUACAGAAAUUGCACAUUAUACUUCAAAAGCGUACAAAUAUUUAGCAUCUUAUGAACAUGAUAAAAUCAAACAGAUAAAACUACAAAAACGGCGAAUAGAUGUUUUAGAAGAUUGUUUAAAGACAUUGUCUGUAACAGAUAAUUUGAACCAUUGCAUUUUUAUAUGGUUUGAACUAGCAGUUAUUAAUUCCACUAUAUUAGGUAUAAGGAUUGAAAAUAUACAUAAUAAGAAACUAACUACGGAAGAAUUGGCAGAAAUUAAUCUAUUAGUUAAAAAUAGCGUACACUAUUUUCAGUUAUAUUUAGAUCAGUCUAAACCGAUAGAUACACAAGUUGAUAGUUAUCGGAUCAUGUCCCAUUUUAAUUUAAGAUAUAAAAAAACAUUAAGAUAUGUUACUUUAAUUGAAUGAUAAUUAGAUAAUAUAGAAAUAUUGGAAAGUAAGUUUUUGUAAUCUACUAUCAUAGGGCGUAUACAGUGUGAAAACAAAAAGAAAAUAGGACACAUGGGAUUUGCAAUAAUUUUUGGAAUAUUUGUAAGAUUUGUGCAAAAAGAUUGUUUUAUAUCGUAUAUAUGUAAUUAAUAUUGAUACAAUUUUAUUAUAAUAAGUUACGUAAUAUUGUUUUCGAAAGUUUUUUA